GUUUCGGCUCGAUGUAUCCCUUUGCAGAGUUGGGCUUCUUCGAAGGCUGCUUCACUGACGGCCUGCCCUGGCCACACCACUUGGGUAUCGCCAAUGUGCACAACUUCGCCCACGGAUCGGCAACCACCUGCCAGGUUGCAGGCAUCCACCGGAUCAUCGAGCUACAGCUGCUGCAAGAGCAAGGACCCUUCCUGGUACACGAAGGCACCGAUGGAGCCGAUGGCUACGACACUGCCGCACUCUUCGUCUAA